AUGCUGUCCCACAAGUGUGUUCGUGAAGAGGGACAUGUGCUUGUUGAGUCACCACUGGUGUGCAAGAAGUGCUUCCAAUUGGGGUACGACUUCUCGUCUUUCAAGUCCCAUCCGUGCCCCAAAGAGUUGACCUUUGAUGACAAACCCACGCCAGUUGUUUCGACCACCAACUCAGCAGAUGAUCCAGAAAUCCCAGACAAAAGGUGGGUUACUCGGGUUGACCAUGAGCGCAAAACAAGGGUUCAGGCAGACAUGCAGGCUGCCCAAAAGGAAAUCAAACGCUUGGAGCUGUUGAAGAAGUUGCAGCUUGAGCGUCAGCAGUUGGCAAAUUUGAUGGCCCAAAAGCGGACAGCCACCAGUCCAGAGAUGUUGGACACCUUCCCUAUGAGCGAGCACGAGUCAUCUCAAUUGGCAGCAAUUGAGGCCAUGAAAAGUUCUCCGCCAAGCCAUGUGUCUGAAGAGACACCGAAGCCUCUUACCCGCACAGUCAACAAAGACAGCUUAGUAACGCAGGGUGCAGCCAAGGAGGAGCCCAAGGAGAAGUCAAGCGUAGAAGCAGCAUCAACAGAACAUGCAGAGCAGUGCAAAGCAUUAGGCAAAACUCCCAAGCCAAAGGGACGUCCCAGAAACAAGCAUGCCAAAGCAAAGGCUACACCCAAGGCGAAGUCAACUACCAGGGGUAAGAAAGCAAAUGCCACACCCAAGGCGAAGUCAACUGCAAAGGAUAAGACUAAGACUACUCGCAAGGCAAAGACAGGAGAUCGCAAAAGGAAGGCUGGCAAAACAACAGAAACAAAUGGCAAUGAAGGAAUGGAGGAGGAAUACGCAUGGGAUGAGGAGUACAAGUACGAGGAGGCCCAGGAGCCAAUGGAUUGGGAGGAGGAUGACACAGGGUAUGAUGAGGAGAAUGGCGAUCACUCCCAUGACACUUUGCCACCGGCAUCCAAAACCAGGAAGCCACGAGGUAAGGGUAAGACUGGCAAAGCAGCCCCGAGCAGCAGCAGCAAAGCCAAGGUGCCCAAAGCGAGCAGCAGCAGCAGCAAAGCCAAGGCGCCCAAAGCGAAGGCGAAGGCAUCCAGCAAGAAGGAUAAGAAAGUUGCAACUCAGGAGACCACCACUGACCCUGACACUGUGGCGAAAAAAGCAAGGCUAUCUAGGAAGUCGUGUGCAUCCAAGAAAGCCCGUCGAGAAGCCCUGAAUGCUGGCAAAACGCCAGAGGAAGCAAAAGCUGCAGCAGCAAAGGCAACUUGGUUACUUCUAGCUUGCGUUUGA